UCGAAGUUACUUCGACGUCGCGUCGCGCCCACCGAUGACGUACGAUAAUCGUCUCUUUACUACUUAAAAUAAGCGUUUAUUAUAACUUUCGUUGAUAGACUCACUUGCUAGUCACAAACAUACGUCGUAGUGAGUGUUUUUUUAAAUAUCUAUUCUAUAUAUCGUAAGAAACAUAGUGAAGUUAAGUGUUUUUUAUUCCAAUUAUAGAGGAUUGUGUCAACUGGUACUUGAAGAUUAAAAAUGGAAGAUUUAAAUUCUGGUAAAGGUAUUCAAGUGUUAGUACCCGGUCCUGAUCACAAAUUCACGCUUAACGAGGAGGCCUUGGAGAAACUCCUGCUCAGAGAUGAUAUCAAAGACUGUCCAAUCGUCAUCAUCUCGGUCGCCGGCGCCUUUCGCAAGGGAAAAUCAUUCCUUCUUAGCUUCUUCUUACGAUAUAUGCACAAUAAGUAUAAUUUAAGUGAUGGCGGUUCAAAGUGGCUGGGAAACGCGGAUGAACCCUUGCAAGGUUUCAGCUGGCGCGGCGGCUCCGAGCGACACACAACAGGGCUGUUGCUCUGGUCACAGCCUUUUAUAGCGACACUGGAGAAUGGAGACAAGGUAGUGAUUUAUUUAAUGGAUACGCAAGGCACCUUCGACAGCGAGUCAACUGUUAAAGAUAAUGCUACAGUCUUCGCUCUUUCAACCAUGCUGUCCUCCGUCCAGAUAUAUAAUCUCUCGCAGAACAUAGAAGAGGACGACUUGCAGCAUUUACAGCUGUUUACAGACUACGGCCGAUUGGCGCUUGAGACUAGUAGUGGCAAGCCGUUCCAACGGCUGCAGCUGCUGGUGCGCGACUGGAGUUUCCCGUACGACUAUCCCUACGGCGAAAAGGGCGGUCAACAGCUGCUGGAAAAACGUCUUGCGAUACGCGAAGAGCAACACCAUGAGUUGCAGUCGCUGAGGCAUCACAUCGCCAGCUGUUUCGAGGAACUCAAGUGCUUCCUGAUGCCUCACCCCGGCCUGACCGUCGCAACUAACCCAAAUUUCAAAGGAAACCUUUCCGAUAUAAGUGAAGAGUUCAAGCAGGCUCUCAAAGAAUUCAUACCCAUGCUGGUCGCUCCCGAAAACCUAAUCGUUAAAAAGAUCGCUGGGCAGAAGGUGAAAGCGAAGGACCUCCUGCUCUACUUAAAGUCCUACAUGAAUAUUUUCAACGGAUCCACCUUGCCGGAACCGAAAACGAUUUUGGAGGCAACGGCGGAAGCGAACAACCUGUCCGCCGUGGCCGAAGCGAAGGAGGUGUACGAGACGCUGAUGGAGGAGGUGGCUGGCGGAGCGAAGCCCUACUUGCAGCCGUCGCUGCUGCAGCAGGAGCACCGGCGCGCCAGAGACAAGGCGCUGCACGCCUUCCGCUCCAAGAAGAAGAUGGGUGGCGAUGCGUUCAGCGAGAAUUAUGGCGAGAAGUUGUUCAAGGAGCUGGAGGAGCAGUACGAGCAGUACCGCCUGCGCAACGACGACAAGAACGUGCUGCGGCGGGCGGGCACGGCGCUGGUGCUGCUGGCGCUGGCGCUGGCGGCGUGGCUGCUGGCGGCGGCGGCGCGCGCGCUGGGCCUCGCCGCGCUGCACGCGCCGGCCGCCGCCAUCGCCCUCGCCGCCGCCGCCGCGCUGCUGCUGUGGGCCUACUCCAGGCUCACCGGCAACUUUGGGGAGCUCGCGCAGAUGUUGGACGAAAAGACGGCUGUCGUCAUACAAAUGUUCGGCGGAGUGGUGGCGCGGCAGGCGGCGGCGGCGGCGCUCGGCUACGGCGCAGACAAAAAGAAAACGUAGCAACGUCGCUGUUUAUUUUCAGUUUUUUAUUUGCACAUGAAAAGUUAUAUUUUUUUAUAUUAUUUAAGAAUAUUAAUAAUAAUUGCCAAUUUUUCUAAAUAAAUAGUUUUACAUAUUGAGAUAUAAAAAUAGAGGUAUAAAAAAAUAUAGGAUUGUAGAGGUUUCACUUCUAACCUCUACAACAAACAAAUAAAAAAUUAGCAGUAAACCUCUAUCACCCUUACCCUUGUGGUAUCGGUGUGAUGCAAUUGUGAAUUAGAUAAAGACGACGACACUGAAUAUAACUUUCAAUCGACGUUAGUUAUGGUAUUCUAAAUACAAAAAUUACUUGAAAAAAUUAACAAAGAAUAAUAUUUUUUCCGUCUCAUUUAGUUGAGCAAAGGACCAGCAUGCAAAGUCGUGAACUAAUGUAGGCAAAUAUAGCAUAUAAAAUAAUUUGCCUUUAAAAUCAACUACAUCAGUCAACUAUAUAUUUUUUUUUAAAUAAUUUGAUUAACAAAAACUCUCAGAUACGUGGGAAAACCCAAAACAAGUUUAUUGACAACACCGUGAUUUACCCUCUUAGUAAUAAACAUUGUAUGUCGUAUCGACGAAUAAGCAGCCAGAUAAUGCCUUGCCUUGAAGUGGAGAAAACGGAGUGUAACUUUAGCCAAAUACUGUUAAUAGUUGGAAAAAUUAACUAACUCUUAUAUUUUUCAUAAUUGUCUAAUAAAAAUAUUACGUUUUGCACAAAAGACAAACAGUUCAAUAUUUUUUACUUCUCCACGACAUGUUAUGCGAGAUGAGAUGAUGAGAUGCGAGUUCUCAGGUAACGACUAUACUCAUACAUGCCCUUAUAAGAUAUAAUAUAACUAAUCAGAGGCAAUGAGAUUUAUACAUAGACAAUUUUACUACUUUCAAAAGAUUUGACAUAUAUUUCUAAUUUAACUUACAUUAUUUCACAAAUGUUAUAAGAACUAAAAAUAUUUUCGGGAUCUUUAAAAUACAACACGGGUAGCAAGAUAGCAUUCGUUCAUUCGCUAUGCAAAGUUUAUUAGUGGGACCGCUAAUCUUUACACUUUUGAUCUAUGUAUAUAUGUUAACUUAUGUAGUUUACAUCUAUACUUUUAUAUGAUUAUGUAAUUUUGAAAGAUCUUAUUCUUGUAUAGUAUAGUAAUAUAAUGAAAAGUUGAUCACUGUUAUCUCAAAACCACGUGUCAACAUAUUUUAUAACCAACCUAGAAUGUAAAUACUAAUUAUAGUAUAUAAGCUGUGACUGUGUUGGUGUUAGUUUUAAUCAAGUCAGAGAAUAUUGGUAUUGUUUUAUGUAUAAGGUUUAUUUUUAUAGCUUUGUCACUUAUAUAUCAUAGAUGAGUACCGCACUACAAAAAAAGCCAACUAUAUUAUCUUGGUCAGAGCCGUCUUAAGCUAUGCUGGGGCCUUUGGGCACUCAUGAAUUUGGUUCCCUUUUGCUAGAUAUUUUUUGGUUUAAUUUGGUAAAUUGUCGGUUCUUCGGGGCCCUCUUAGGAUGGGGCCCUGGGUACGUGCCCCAUGUGCCCUAUGGUAAUGAUCUCGGUGUGCGUGACAGCUACGCUUGAAACUCGACAAACGUCAUCCUACUGUACUAGUAUGCGUGUACGUGGCAAACAGUUGGCGGUAUAUCUAUACAUAUAAAUAAUCAAGGGCUAUAAAUAUUAUUAUUUUAUUGUAUCUUAUUCACAGGAACUUAAUCCUUAUUGUGUUGAGAAUAAGAGGUACAUUUGUAAAUAUGCUGCUGUGAUUUUACUAUUUGUACAUUGACAAUA